UAAUAACAAACUAAAACUAAAUAUUAAUUCUUCAAAAAGCUCAGUUAUGACUUUUGGUAAAAGUCAAUGUAAUGUUCAAGUUAAAUGUAAUAAUGAAAUCAUCUCACUAGUAAAUGAACAUAAAUUUCUAGGUAUAGUUUUAGAUAACAAACUUAAAUUUAAUGUACAUAUAGAUUAUAUAUGUAAUAAAGCUUACAAGCGACUCAAUAUAUUGAGAUGUUUAGCAGGAGUUUUUUGGGGUGCUGAUCCAAAAAUUCUCUCAAUGUUGUAUAAAAGUUUAGUUAGGAGCCACUUUGACUAUAGUUGCUUAGCAUAUAUUAAUGCUAGCGCUAGUCUUCUAAAAAAGUUAGAUAUCAUUCAAAAUCAAGCACUGCGCAUUAUAACUGGUGCGAUGAAAUCCACCCCUAUAAACUCAAUGGAAGUUGAAACUUAUAUUCCUCCUUUAUUCUUGAGACGACUCAUGUUAGCUAAGAAAUACUUUGUUAAGAUGAUUGCAAUUAAGUCCUCACUUCCUGUAAGAAAACUUAAAGUAUCUGAGGAAAUAACUAGUUUAUUAGAUUCUUCUGUAAUAACAUCACAAAUUAUUUCUACAAGGAUUUUGCCACAGAUGCCGACUUUGUUACAGUUGGUUUUAAAUAUGACAAAUGACAUUUAUUCUAGUGAUCUAUGGCCAAUUUAUGACAACUUUGAAGGUUCUCUAGAGAAAAAAUAUUUGGUAACAACUGGAGACAUCUAUGGUAAGACCGACUUUCUCAGUUUUAUAGAAAAGAAAACAGACUUUUACAAAAUCUAUACAGAUGGGUCGAAAACUAUAGAUGAGGUUAAAUCGGCUUAUUAUGAUGAAUUUCUGGAUGUUACCAAAUGUUUUAUAAUCAGUAAUAUGUGUUCUAUCUACACAGCCGAAUGUUAUGCUGUUUAUAUGGCAUUACAAUAUAUAAAAACUUUGUCAUAUAGGAAUUGCUGGAAAUGAGAGGGCGGAUACAGCCUCUAGAGGACCACCAGAUGAGGAUCAUAAGGACAUCAUAAAAGUGCCAUUUACAGACCUCUUUUUGACUGUCAAAGAUGAAAUGUUUGAGCUAUGGAAAAGAAUCUGGAAUAUA